GCAAUUUUUAAGAUGGCGACUUCGUUAUUUUAAUUUUACUGUAAUGUUCUCAACUGUUCUGUCAUUACUUAUCUACUCUUCAUGAUCGAAGUCCGAAGUGUGAGUAAAAUUAUUUUAAUUAGGUAGGCCUAAUAAAAAAUAAAUAACAUCUUAUAACUUGGAUCAGGACUCGCAGGUGAUGUGAAAAAUUUGUAACAAUGAAUCUUGAAUGAAGUCAAGUUUUUUGUCCACAGACUGUCCAAUGAUAAUAAAUAUAAUGAUUAAUGAUAGAUUAAGUAAGACUUAAUUAAUUAUACUUAGGCCCUAACAUCAUGAUGCGGUAUACCUCAUUGUCAUUAUGUCAUGCUAUUGACAGAAUAUUGACAAUAUUUUCAAUUCAAUAUCAAAUUGAAACAAAUUUCAAUUUCAACUAGCUCUCUAUUUGUAAUUGUAAACCAUAAAGAGAAAAUAGAAAAAUCUAGCCUAGAUUCUAGGAAAAAUCAGGGUAAAAUUAUAUUUUAAGUAUAAGUUGUUAUUUAUCCUGGAUAUCAAUCCUCUCUCUGUAAAUGAAUUAUUAGAAAAUUUAUUUGUUACUUGAUAAAUUAUAAUAUUAAAAGCUGAUUUUUUGCAGUUUUUUUUAAUCCUUUUUUUUUUUGGCCCCCCCCCCCCAUGACCCAGAUGGCCUGAGAUGAUCAUCUUAAAAUUUUCUUUGUCAACACCCCCACCCCCUUAUUUCUUUAAAGGAAUAGCUAAAAUAAAAGAGGUCUUUGUAUUAGUUUUACUAGAGACUCAGAACCUUUGUCUUUGUUUAUAUUUGUAUUUGUUUUUAUUUAUUAAUUUUAAAUUUAUGAUUAUGUGCUAGUUGCAAUGAUCAGCAACAUAAGGCUCAUUAAAUUUAUAUAGAAUAAAAUCGUCAUUUUUUUUUCUUUUAAAUACGAUUUAUUUUUGUCAAUUCACAACCAUGCUGACUGAAGGGGAAAAAAUGAAGUUGAGAAUCCAAGUGACAAACCCACAGUGUCAACAUACCUUAAGACUCAAAGACUUGAAAGAGUUUAAUAAAGUCUUAUUUAAUUCAGAUAUCAUUUAAUAUUAAUUUAUAUGAACACAUUUUAAUUUACAAGGCUAAGGAAGUGACAGAAUUUUAAAAAAAAGAAUCUUAUUUGGUAUGAAUGAAAAGAAAAAAUGUUUAGUAGGUAUCAAAAACAUUUUAAAAAAUAACUGCAAAUUUGAAUCUAAAGUCAAUUGAGGCAUGUGGACUCUUUGCCGUUUAGGGGCCCUUCUACAAGGGAUCCAAUUUUUUAAUUUUUGUGUGAGUGAAACCACUUGAUUCGAUCUUGGACUUACUUUUAAUGACCUAAUAUACUGUAUAGCCUUGGUGGGCAUCUCUGGCCCCCUUGUAUGUAACAAGUCCUAUAAUUAUGUGGAGAAAAGACAUUUUCAUUAAUAUCAGUUGAUCAGUCUCUCUUUGGGUGACCUUGUUAAAUAAAUAGAAAGUAAACAAAACCAUUAUUAUUUUUUAAAAAUAUUUUGUUUUAGGUUAAAAGUUCCCUGAUGACUUUAUAUGAGAUGACAUUAUGCUGAUUUUCAAUGAAUGCUCCCAAUUAAAAAGUGUUUCUACCAACAGCUGAUUGGGUUUCUUAAUUUGUUCCACUGGGGAUGGUGACAUAGAGCUUGCAGUGUGGAAAAACAGGUACAGGAAGAAAGACUCCGAAGUGAUUAUUAAUUAUAUUAUAGAUAUACAUCUUCAUGUGAUUUGAUGUACAUAUUGAAAAAACUUUAAAUGUUUAUAUUAACUGUUAUUUACAUCUGUUGCCUCUUUUUAUUUUUCAGUAAAAUGCUACCAGCACAUAAAGACAUCAUAAGGACUAAUUAUAACAAGCUGCGGCAAGCAAUCAAAGAGGACAUUAAACCUGUAUGCAAAGAUUUAUAUUCUGCUAAAGUUAUAUCCAAAGAUAUGAUGGACAGAAUAUUGGAGGUAAUUCUUGUGAUCAAAUUUAUGAGGGAACCACACUAUUCUUCUUCUUCUAUUUGAGGGCCCACAAUCAAUAUGUUGAUCAUUCUGGCUCUGGUUUGAAUUCAGAGUUUGCCUUCUCUUAUAUGAGCUGCUUGGGGUGCUUGGGAUGUUGGCUUUGGUUUGGGGAUUGAACUCAAGACCACCAGCUCGGCCACCCAGCACCACUUGUACGUGCAUGUUUAAGAAGAUAUUUAUGAAAAAUUAAAAUGUAAGAAUUAAUUGUAAAACAUGUAGUAAUUAUACAAAUGGGGAGAGAAUUUUAAGAAAGUAUAGUUUUCCAUUAAAACAAACCCUAACCCAAGGAGUCCUUGGUUAACAUCAUUUGGAGACAAAAGGGCUUGAAAAAAAAAAGGCAACUAACCUUGUCAGACAGUAAAGUAGAGCUUCAUUAAAAAAAUGUCUCGAUUAAUGGUUCCUUGCUGGUGUUCAUAUCUUUUGACUUGGCAGUUCUAUCAAAGAUUUUAGAAAACUUUUUUUAAAAUUCAGAAUAGAGUUUCCCUAAGACUUUAAAUAUAUAAGUGUGUGUGUGUGAAAGUUUUCAGAGUUACAAGCAAAUAUUUAAAUAAUAAUAAAUGCAAAUAAUUUUGUCUACAUUCUCUAUACUUAAAGAGUAACAACAAUAAUGCUGACAGAGCGAUGGCACUUUUAGAUAUACUACCAACAAGAGGGCCUUAUGCCUUUGAGCAACUGUAUAAGUCAUGUGUUGCUAAGGAACUAAAUGGAGCAGCAGAUAUUUUGAGGCCCGACCUUACCACCCAUUUUAAGUCAGCCAGAGCGGAUGAGCCAACAGGCAACCACAAUGGGGAUGACGAUCUGCCAGAUGGUGAGUUGAAGUCUGUGCGUGUGGAACCAAUGAAAGAAAAUUAAUAUAAUAUAAUCUUUAAGAAAUAAAAAAAAAUUUGUGUUUUAAAGGGCCAUGGAAGUAAUCUUAAAAAACCUUAAUUAUCCACUUAUUAUCCAGAAGGAACUCUUAAGGGGUUAUGAACUUUUUAUAACAUUUCGUUUGGGGCCGGGGGCCCAAAAUUUGAUUUUUUCUUAUAUGAGCUUUAUAAAUAAAAUGAUCAACAAAUACUCCUACAUAAAUAGACCAAUCUUGACCAAACUUAGUACAAAUAUACUGGAUUAUCAAUAUUCAAAUACCGAAAGGUUCUGAACUCAUAAUAUCCAUCCCUCUGGGGCCGAUUUCAUUUUUCCUUGUAUAAGCCAUAUAAAUAUCAAUAGGCUUAGACAACUCCUUAGGUUCUAUGUGAAUUGGUGGAUCUAGGCCUAGCUUUGUAGCAAUACCCUUCUUAGUCCGUAUUAAAAUAUCGGUGGCUAAUAAAACUAAUAAUAUCCAAUCCAAGCAGGGCCGAUCUAGAAUUUUCUAGAAAGUUCCAUAAUUUUGAAAAGCUAUAACUAUGGUAUUUUUAAUUCGAUUUUCAUGGGACAAAUUUUAAAUUGUAACUCUAUAAUUUAUCUGAAUGAUUUUUAUAGGGCCCCAACCCCAUCUCAGACAUAACUUAAACGGUACUAACGGGGCCCAAAUUUCAUUUUAAAUCUACUAUAGUUAUAGUAGUUUAAUUAAGUUGAAAAUCUUUCGCAUUCGAGAAAAAAUUACGUAGAAAAGUAAUUUUUUACACGUUUCAUGGAGGAUAUUGAAUUUAAUCUAGAAUGUUCCAGAAGGUUCUUUAUUGUUCUACGGGGAUAUAGAAUGGGAUCUAAAAGCUUAUUUGAACAAAAUCGUACUGAACAUGAUCACAUAGAGGAACAGGACCCUAAUGGGGAACGAGAUCCAACAGCAAACUGGAACCCAUCUGUUAUGCGAUCCCAUCGGGUAACACGAUCAAAUCGGGAUCUUAUCGGGAAAAGAGAUAACAUUGGAAAAAAGAGUCCUUAGGUAUAACGAGAUCCCAUAGAGAACGGUAUCCUAACAGGAUCGAAAGCCCAUCGGGAUCCAACAAGAUCAGGAUCCCACCGGGAUCUGGAUUUCCCCUGGAUCCGGAGCCACAAGAAAACGGGAUUCCACCGGGAAUGGGAUCACACCGAGACAAGAGGUUGCCCCCGGAACAUGGUCAGAAUGGGUUUGGGAUCUUACCAGGAUCGGGGUCCUAAUGCAAUCCCGUGCAAUGCCGGGUAUAUUGGCUAGGUUAUCUAUAACAACAAAGUGCAGGUACCCGCUCUGUACAUUAGCACCUUUGUGUUAGUUUUUAGAUUAGUUAACAUGUUGAAAAUUAUUCUUUAAGUCUAAACAUAGGCGAAGUCACCCCGUUUUACUGUAUUUAAAAUUAUUUGCAAAAAUAGUUGUUGUCUCUGUUUAAACCUACUUAAAUUCCAGUGCCAACAUAAAAGAAUAAGUAGUUUUAAAACUAAUUGUUUUAAUUUUAUUAUCAAAGUAUGUAUAGAAUAAAUUAAGAAAAAAUGGUUUCAAUAACUUGUAUAAAUAUCCCCCCACCCACCCCGUUCCUUUUUCAGUUUUGAAGAUUUUGAAAAAAAAUUUGUAUUAGUGCAAUGAAUUUCAUUUAAUUUCUAGCUUGGCCAUCAGAAGAGAUUAUCAGUAGUGGUAUUCAAGUGCGCAAAGUCAACACAGAUGAUGUGCAAAUCAUUGAGUUCUAUAGGUAUUCCUUGUCACCUGAAGGCCAAGUAAGUGAAAACCAACAUAUAACAUUUAUGUUGACUUUUAUUUAUAUGCAUAUGUAUGUCACAUAAGCAGUUUUUAAAAAAUAAUUGUUGUCAGAUAGAACUAUUCAUAAAUAUCUUUGCUCACUGAAAGAACUAUUCAUAAAUAUCUUUGCUCACUGAAGUCAACAUAUCAUGGAAAGUUAUUUCUGCUAGUUGGCCACACCAUCAAGAACUGCAUUGUUUGUUGGCCACUGGAUAUUGUUUUCCUUUCACUAAAUGUCUUGCUACAUAAAAUAUGGAAUAAAGUAGGCAUUAAAAUUGGAUGCACUGAAACUCACAUAGAAAAAUAUGUGCAAAGGAGCUACAUUGCACGAAAUGAAGAGAGAUUACUAGAGCUCCCGGAUAAUAAAGUCUAAUCGCAGUAAAGAAAUCUCUUGAAAUCUUCAUCUGACAAGUGGGUACUGCCACAAACCAUGAAAUUUUUACUUUAACUUGUUAUGUCAUUGAGACCAUUGACCAUCAUGAAGUCUGCUGUUAUGUUGAAGUUUAUCGGCGGCCCCGUGCUAUUUUUAAUUAAACCUGUUAUGUCUUCGAGACCAAGGGUGAUGCUGAUGUCUGCUGUUCUAUUGAAGUUUUUCAGUCCGCCCACUUUCCUUGUGACUUCUAGUCAGAAAUUCUAUGUCAUGCUUGUUUCCAUUAUUGAUCUAAUGCUGUUGUUGUUUUUAAUUAACCUCCGGAGGACAAAAUUGUGAAACAAACUGUUACUGAAAACUUUGGCUGAUAAACUAAUGAGGUGUAAUAGCUUCAGCUGUGCAUCAAGGGACGAAGAUUACAGUAUUUGAAUAAUUUUGUUUAAUUUUCUUACUUUACUUAAUAUGGGCCUAACAACAAUUUCAGAAGAAAUACUACUCGAUGAAAAACAAAAUCAAGGGACAUGCGCUCGUGAUCAACAAUGAAAAGUUCACAUAUUUGCAGAACAGAGAAGGAACACUCAGAGAUCGCAAAAGUAUUGAAUCUGUUUUUAAGGAAGAGUGUCUUGGUUUUGAAGUUACUGUACAUCCCAAUAAAACAGGAGAGGUGAUCAAUUAAACCAACAAAUUAAUUAAUGCCCCUUGAUUUUUUUUAUUUACAUAGUAAUUGUUCUUAGAAAUAAUGUUGUGGAUUUUAUCAUUAUCUCACACAAAUAGUUAUGAGCCUUUGUUUAAUGUUACUGUUAGUUAACAAAAAAAGAUAAUAGAGGUAUUUGUUUAAACUUACAUACAAACAUUGUAGAAAAAGGUUGGAAUCAAGCUGUUGAUGUCAUUUUGUGAUUAAAAAUAUUCAGGUUUUUUUCUUCUUUAUUUUUUUCAAAAAAUCAACAGGAAAUGUUAAAAAUUCUGAAAGAUGAAGCGGCCCUUGAUCACAGCAGAUUUGAUUGUUUUAUGCUGUUCAUCUUAAGCCAUGGCCAUGAAGGGGUUGUAUUUGGUAUAGACGGACGCACAGAGAAUAAUAAACAUUACAACUAUGUGACCAUCACAGAGAUAAGAAAGAUGUUUAGCAGUGUUACAACGUUGAUUGGCAAACCAAAGAUAUUCUUUAUCCAGGCUUGCCAGGGAAGUAAGUCAAAAUUAUUUUCCAAUGUAUUGUUACAUCCUUUAACCAAUUUAUCAAUUUGUAGUAAACUCCUUUAACCACUUCAUAGUAAACUUCUUUAAGAGUUAAGACCAGUGUAUCAUUAACUCCAUUAAGACCAAUGUAUCAGAAAAUUAAGACCUUUAAUUAAAUUAUGAAAAGAUCUAUGCAAUGUUGGUGCACUGGUAUACAGGCAAGUUGGUAAAAUCAAUGUCUUUAUGUUGAGAAACAUACAGAAACACCUCAAGUGUUGGCAGCAUGCUAGAAACACUGGUCAACAUUGGAAGAACGACGACGACUAUCCAGGCUCACAAUGUUGUACAAGAUAAAAAAUGGGCUGGUCCACUGCUCCGGCAUUAAACAGAAACUCGUUCAUCUUCCCCCUAGUCAGCGACGAGGUCAUGACAGACAGUUCCGGCUGGUAAAAACAAGAACAAAGUACAGGAGCUCCUCAUUCCUGCCGAAAACAAUAGGGGAUUGGAACAAGCUUCCAAAAGCAACAGUUGAGGCGGCUACACUCGACACAUUUGUGUCUAUUGCCUCCUGUAUUCCAAUCCCCAGUUCGUAACACCACUACUGAGUAGCCCUUGCCACCAGUGAAGUAUCCCUUUGAAACCCAUGCACAGUAACAUCACGAACCUCUCUGAAACAUAGGAGUCAGAAUGAUCAAUUCAUUGAUCGUGGGCCCUUAAAAUAAAGAACAAGAAGAAGAAGAUAACUAAUCUUAAGUUUAGUUAAAACUAUACAGUGUGGAACACUGUAGCAAAAUUGAUUGGUCAUUAUUCAAAAAUAAAUUAUUGAAAUCUUUUGAUCAGCAUUUUAAUUCAUUGUAUUUAUACUGGACCUACGACCUUGACCUAUCUCUAACGUUACUUAGGGUUCAGAAUUAUCAGAGACCCUCUCACUGGGUUAUCUUUGAAACAAAAUUUCAUAGGGAUGCUCUGUAAAUAUGACCCUAACAAUCACAAUCGACCUGUCAUUGCAUACAAUCAACAAUCUUGUUGUAGAUGUUUAGUUGUGAUAUCCCGCCGUGUGUCUGUGAGUGUCUGAGCUUUAACUGUUGACUUGUCAUUUGUUUGUUUUUUUAAAUGUUGUUGCAGAAGAUGUCUGCAUCUUAAACUCAUUCUACUGCUGUGUUGCAGAAGAUGUCUCAAUGUCUGCAGCUUAGACUCAUUAUUCUACUGCUGUAGUUAUGAAAGUUGAUGAGUUUCAGCAAAUAAUUGUGUUUGCCCUCAUCUGACAUUUAAAAAAAACGUUUUGGUACAAAAGAGAAUAUUUUCAUAAAAUUAAAACUGAUUUGAUGUCCUAAUGCCCUCACUUUAUACAGAUGCAAAGGAUACAGGAAUGUUUACCAACCCAGCUGACAGACCUGUCGGUGACGUAACCUUGAGUCCUGGUCCUACAUUAAAUACAGGCUCCAGUGCAAAGCCUGAACCAAUGGAUGUAAUCGUGAGUCCUGCAUUGAAUACAGGCACCAGCAUAAAUGCUGAACCAAUGGAUGAAACCCUGAGUCCUGGUCCUGCAUUAAAUAUGGGCUCCAGUACAAAGGCUGUAACAAUGGAUGUAAUAGAUAACAAGCGAGCAGAUUCUCCUCCGGUACAGUUGAAACAAAUAGUUUUAGCUGAGGUAACAGAGGUAGUGCCAGGUAAGUUACUGGCUUAACACUUGAUGAUUUGUUCUUAAAACUAAUACUUGAUAAAAAAUAAAAUUAAGGGCAGUUGAUUGAUAGUCCGAAAGGCUGACAUCCUAGGGUUCAAAUUUUAGCACCACCAAAGUUCCUAACCAUUAUUGUUAAACAGAAUUACUUCGGACUAACUUAAGAACCAAACCGAGCUUUCUGUAGACUAAUUUUUAUUGUUUAAACUUGGCUCAAUGGGUGGCUCAGCUAGAGUUAGUAUUGCCUGGGCGGGCUAAGCUUUUUUCACGCCCCCAACCAAUAAAAAAACUCUGCAGUCUGCCAAAAGUCAAAUGGUGCCCCAUAAUACAAGGAAAAAGUUCUACCCUUCCUCCUCAACACUGAGUAUAAUGCAUAAAUGUAUCUGAAUUUGCUAAGAAAACUAUAUCUUGUGUUUUAUGUACAUGUUGUGUCCCUUUGGGCCCUGGGAUGAAACUGACAGUUAAAUAAAUGAUGACACCAGGUGCCCCACGUUAUUCCUAACUGAGUACUAAAUUUUAUUUGUUGCUUUGCAUUGAGAUUUUUCUUCUUUUACCUAAAUUUUAGUUCACCAAGAGGCCUCUGACAGGUCUCUAAGUCAUGUUGCUGCAACUAAACCAUCUUCAUUAGACUCAAAUGAGGAAGUUAAUAUCAGACAUGUGAAACGGGCAUUGCGCCUUGCUUGGGAGGCCGAGUUGGAGCAGAGUGAUGCUGUAGGAGAAAAGACUCCCAGCCUGGCAGACACAUUCAUCGCCAUGGCAACAACACCAGGUGGGAUUAGUAACUUUGUUUCCUUUUCGCAUUUCUUCGUUAAUAUAAAAACUCUACGAAAUAUUUUUUUGAAACUGUUUUAACCACAUAGCACUUCUAGUCUACAACCGUCUAGUCAAUGACCUUAAUAUCAACAAUGCAACUUAAGCCUAGCACAGGGCACAAUAAUAAUAGCUAACAAAAUUUAGAAUUUUAGUAAUUAACUCAAUAUUUCCAGGAGAAGCAAAUGAAUGAAUCCAGCAAAAUUUUAACUUUAUGAUAAUAGGCUACAUCAUGGGAGACCGGGUGCUUGUAUCAUGGGAGACCGGGUGCUUGUAUCAUGGGAGACCGGGUGCUUGUAUCAUGGGAGACCGGGUGCUUGUAUCAUGGGAGACCGGGUGCUUGUGUGGUCAUACAUUGAAGUAUAAGGGCAUUAAAAAUUAACAGCAUAUUCAGACAUCUUAAAUCCUUAUUUUUUCAAUUUAUUCGUGAUGUUCAGUUCCAUUAUUUGUGGCAGACAAUUGCAUUUAUUCAUGAUGUAAGUUGCAUCUAUUUAUCAUGUACAGAUGCAUUUAUUUGUCAAGGGUAUGAGAAUCACUGUUGUUAUUUGUAGAUCACUGUUGUUAUGAUGGUAGGGAAAAGAUGUUUAGUUUAGAGAUUUCAUGUGUAGCUGUCUCUAUUGUGUGAGAGUGUUGUGAUGUAUUUGGGUAAGGGAAAAUGACAUUGCUGUUUUUAUUGUGGAUAAAUGGCGGAGAUACUCUAUUUACUGUUUGGACUUGUGUAUUGCUAAGUGUGUGGUUCGAACAAUUUGAAUAUUAAUCUGAAAUUAUAUAUCAACCACAGUAAUGCCAUAAUUAUAGUGGCUAUGUUUUAAGGUAGCCAGUCAGAAUCCUGGGGAUGCAAAGUGCUAAAGAAGACACACAAAAAACAAAGGCAAUGAUGUGCUAAUUUGUUUAAAAUCUUUCCAAACUGGCAACUAACCAUAACUUUUAUUAUCGGUCUGCCAUUCAGGAAACCUGUCCUGGCGCAACACCAAAUAUGGUACUUGGUUUAUACAAGCAAUAACUUUUGUAUUUGCCAAGUACGCCUACAAGAAUGACCUCCAGAAACUCAUGACUCAGGUAAGUGCUUAUAUAUAAAUAUAUAUAUAUGAUUCUGCUGGUUGUCGUCCAUGGCUUGUCAUGUAAAUAGUUUUAAUUUUUUUCAUUCAUUGAGACUGCAACUUUACUUUCUCGAGACUCCCACUAACCAGGAUGAGGAUUCAUUUCCUGUACGACAACGCAAAUCUACACGGACACCUCCACCUGAUCAAUCUAAAGCACUUGACCUUUACAUUAAAUGUACAGAGAAUCAAAUAAAAAAUCUACGACAAACUCCACUCCAUAAAUCAAAUUUAUCUAAACAAGAAUGGCGAGCACUCUCCCAUAUCAAAACACGUCAGGUUAUCAUUAUUAAACCGGCAGACAAGGGCGGGGCUGUUGUUGUUUGGGAUAAGAAGCUCUACAUUGAAGAGGCCUCCAAACAAUUACAAGAUAAAACAUUUUACACGCCGAGGUCCAACGACCCCAUUGUACAGAAUAAUGAAAUUGUCAAGGAAAUUAUCGAGGAACUUAUUCAAGUUGGCAAAUUACCCGCGUCUGCUUCAAACUUACGUAUUUAUGACAGUGAUCUUGGUAAACCAUGCUUGUAUUUGCUACCAAAGAUUCACAAGGAGGGAAGUCCAGGAAGACCUAUUGUCUCAGCUUGUUCUUGUCCUACUGUACACCUCAAUUCCCCACACAGAUGGACUCACCGCUAUUUCAUUUUUUCUGAAUAUGAAUCCUAAUCCCAAAUUUCCAACAAGUGCCAUUGUACGUUUGACUGAAUUGGUUCUACAGCUUAAUUCGUUUGAAUUCAAUGGCAAAUUUUUCGAUCUGAUCAGUUGUGUUGCUAUGGGAAUGAAAAUGGGACCAAGUUAUGCAUGCUUAUUUAUGGGCCAUUUGGAACAUCUUUGGAGAGAACACUACCAAGGUCCUUUCCCAGAAUGAUACAUUGAUGACUGUAUAGGGAUUACUAAUAUGGACAUGACACAACUAGAAGGUUUUAUUUACUUCAUUGGAGAUUUUCAUCCAACAAUUAAAUUCACUUCAAUGAUCCAUAAAAGCACCAUCAAUUUUUUGGACUUACAAAUUAAACUUCAUGAGAACAAAAUAUCUACGUCCAUUUUUUAUAAACAAACAGAUAGUCAUAGCUUCUUGCUAUAUUCAUCAUCCCAUCCUCAAUGGUGUAAAAACUCCAUCCCAUUUUCUCAGUUGCUGAGAGUCAGAAGACUAUGUAGUAAUGAUGAGGUUUUUGGAGAAAGAAUGUCUGAAAUGUUGGAUUUUUUUCGACGCAGGUUAUACCCCGAAGAUAUUUUAAAAGCAGCUGUCACUCGAGUUAAAGGUAUGACUAGACAGGAUUCUUUUAAAGCUACUCAUUCUGACACUAGUGAUAGGUCUAAAUUUAUUUUAACUUUUCAUCCCCACAACCUAAAAGCUCGCUCUCUAGUUUUGAAAAACCGCUCAAUUCUGAUGGCGGACCCUGUCACAAAUGAGAUUUUUAGAAAACCUCCUCUUUUGGCUUUCCGGCGAGACAAGAGCCUUAAGGACAUGCUAGUUAGAAGCCACCUCCCUGCUAUUAAAGCACAUAAAGGCACAAAAAGUUGCAACCGUAGCCGUUGUAACUGAUGUCCCUACGUGAUCGAAACUGAUAAGAUCACUUUCCCUCUGGAAGUAUUCUGAAUAAAAGAUGGCUUUACCUGCACAAGUCGCAACGUGAUUUACACCAUCAUUUGCAAAAAGUGCGGUAAAUUAUACAUAGGAGAGACAGGUCGUCGCCUUGGGGACCGUUUCAGAGAGCACCUCUAUAACAUAAAUAAACGCGCUCUCUGUCCGGUCUCCAAAAAUUUCAAUAGCCCUAACCAUGAUGGUAUCUCAGACAUUGCAGUUGCUGGUAUACUCUAUAGUAGUAACACUACAAAUAGAAUCUAUAUGGAGAACAAAUUAAUAACUAGAUUUGGUACGUUGUCUCCAUAUGGAAUGAACCAAAUCCACAAUUUUACUUAGCUGCCAUGUCUUUUUCCUGUUUGGUUUUUACAAUUAUGUUAAAAUCACUUCCUCUCUACUCCUCUUUACUUUGUUUUUGUCUGGUUUUAGCGCCCUCUCCUAUAUUUUUUCUGUUUUAGGUAGGAUAUGCAUAUUGAUAUUAUGUAAAUUUAAUUUAUACUUACUUAAAUGUGUUGUGUUUGUUUGUACUGAUGAAGGCAUGUGCCGAAACUUUUAAUUUUUUAUAAUGUAUAAUUAUUAUUAAAGCGGAACUUAUAUUGUUCUAUUGACACAAUUUGUUCGUGUCUUAUUAAAAUAGUUUUAAAUACACAUUUGUUUUGUUUUUAAUUUAAUUAAUGUACCCGUAUGUUGAUUAAUUAAUUAAUGUACCGGUAUGUUGAUUAAUUAAUAAAUGUACUGGUAUGUUGAUUAAUUAAUUAAUGUACCGGUGUGUUGAUUAAUUAAUUAAUGUACCGGUAUGUUGAUUAAUUAAUGUACCAGUAUGUUGAUUAAUUAAUUAAUUUUAUAAGUUCUUGAUUAUGUUUGUUAAAUUCUACGUACAGCGUGGUGAGCCCACGCUAUAUAAAACACUUAUAGUAAUAUAUAUAUAUAUAUAUAUAUUCUCACUUUAUAUAUUUUUAACUGUGCCAUUAUGGGACUGUGGUGACCAACGAUCCUGAAUGACCAACUGCCCUUAUCCCUCUUAUAUGUUCUUAUAUUCGCCCUUCAUCCAUAUCACCACUAGUAUUUUUUUCACUUCUGUUUUAACUUAAAUCCAUUUCAUUUAUUUAAAUAUUGAAAAUGAUAUAAUGAAUGCAGUCUCCUGUCACUGUGUGAUUAAACCCCAACCCCAUUCAGUAAUGUCCCUUAAAGAGAAAUGAAAUGAAGACGCAUUAUCAAAGUAGUUUGGGAUGAACAAGAAAAUCCUGCAAUCUCCCAGGGAGUCACAGACAUAUGGACAGAGAGUCUGAUGAACAAGAAAAUCCUGCAAUCUCCCAGGGAGUCACAGACAUAUGGACAGAGAGUGACUACUUGUUCUUUUAGGACGUUAGUCCCAGGGAGUCACAGACAUAUGGACAGAGAGUCUGAUGAACAAGAAAAUCCUGCAAUCACCCAGGGAGUCACAGACAUAUGGACAGAGAGUCUGAUGAACCAGAAAAUCCUGCAAUCUCCCAGGGAGUCACAGACAUAUGGACAGAGAGUCUGAUGAACAAGAAAAUCCUGCAAUCUCCCAGGGAGUCACAGACAUAUGGACAGAGAGUCUGAUGAACAAGAAAAUCCUGCAAUCUCCCAGGGAGUCACAGACAUAUGGACAGAGAGUCUGAUGAACAAGAAAAUCCUGCAAUCUCCCAGGGAGUCACAGACAUAUGGACAGAGAGUCUGAUGAACAAGAAAAUCCUGCAAUCACCCAGGGAGUCACAGACAUAUGGACAGAGAGUCUGAUGAACAAGAAAAUCCUGCAAUCUCCCAGGGAGUCACAGACAUAUGGACAGAGAGUCCGAAAGAAUACUGGGGCAUACGGACCAAAACACAGAUCAGUAGUGCAAGCGUUGAGGAACCCCCAAGUUCAUCUCUAGAUGAAAUCAUUUACCCCUGUCAUGGUAUCUGCUUAACGUAACAAUUCUUUGGGGUCAGAAUCAAACUGCCUGCACUCGACGGCAUUUUUAAAUAUUGUAUGGAAAACAAUUUGCGUAAUCGUUUCAAUGAUAUGUAGGAAAUAAAAUGUCAGGCUUGAUAUUUAAAAUACUGCCACUCUUAGCAUUGAAUCUUUGAUAAGCAUGUAUUGAUCUCCUCAACAGGUGAAUAACUUGGUGAGUAAAGCAGAGACCAUCAAGGGAAAGUAUAAACAGGUGGCCGAGAAGACAGACACGUUCACAAAGUCGUUGUACCUGUUCCCAGGAUUACCUGCAGAGAAUACCUGAGAGGACAGGAUGUGAUGUAAUGAAGUAUAUGAUAACCUGCCAGGCGGGCAAAGGUUGAGCUACAAGAUUUGUUAAGAAUGGAACAGACGUGCAAACUUGCUCCAUGUUUAUAUCAAGAGUCUUAUAGGGGAAUUUGGCCCUGAAAAUUCAUGGCCCAGUUUUCUUUUUGUGUUUAGGGACUUAACUGAAUAAAGACUAAAUAAUAGGAAUUCCCCCCCCCCACACAAAAUGAAACAAGGUUUUAGAAGUGAGACAGUUGUUAGUUGUGGUCGCUAUGGCCUUGAGAGUAAUGGUGACAUGCUAGCAUUAUAAAGGG